UGCAUAAUUGCCAAACCGCAAGCACGGAGACCGGGCGGUGCAGCUGCCAAGCGCACUCAGUGUGUUGCAUUCUGACUCUACCCUUCGUCGCGGACGCGUACGCUUCUCGGUACAUCUGUUCUGGGAUCUCGUGGCUGGUGUUGUUGGUCUAGCUCGACGCACUGCCCGUCCACACUGUGUUGUACGUUUGCAAAGAGAGAGAGGAAAAAACGACAAAACAUAAACAAACGCAACACCGCGAAACGUUGUGUACCGGAACGAGUAGAAAGUGUGGUUUCCAUUACAUGUGUUUAUGUUAUAGGUGUAACCCGUCCUCGACCAUUUGCAUUGAAAAACAUGCCGAAAAUGAACUGAAAACAGUGGCAGAACAGUGCGUGUGUGUGUUAUGUGUGUGUAUGCGCCUAUCGGUACUGUUAGAAUAGAGUGAAAUCCUUCGUUUCGAGAGUCCCCUUCCCACCAGGAGCUACCGUUUGCCAACCAAUAUUUGGCCCAAUAUCUACCCCAAUUUCGGGAAGGGUAGAACACACCACGAGGGAACGACGGCGCCCCGCCCCGUUGGCUCAUGAUUAUAUUUCACUGUCGUACGCAGUUUUAGCUUCGGUUCUUUCGCCUGUUACGUUCGUGCUGAAGACGCAGCAAGAAGGCAUCCAAAAUGGUCGAGAUUAACAAGAAACUGUUGCCCAUGAAGGCACACUACUUCCUCUUCAAUGCAGGAACGGCUCCAGUAGUGCCUUUUAUGCCGACGCUCGUGCGGCAGCUCGGCUUCUCUACGGUGAUCGUCGGAACGAUCUACACGGUCCUGCCGAUCGUGGGCAUGCUGGUGAAACCCCUGUUCGGCAUCAUUGCCGAUCGGUUUCAGCGCCAGAAGCUGCUGUUUCUGAUCUUUCAGAUCCUUACAGCCGUUCCGUUCUUUCUGAUCAUGUUCAUCCCGGCGAUCCCACAGGACUCGACCGUCACAUUCCACUGCCACAAUGGGGCGGCUGACCUGAAGUACUGCCCGGACAAUGGGACCAGCAUUGACGCGUGCCUGGUGGAAAGCAUCACCACGAACGAGAGCAACGGCACGCUGCUGUGCGAUAUGGAGUGCCGCACCGAACCGUGGAUGUGGGACACGGUGUGCAAGUACUGGAACGUGUCGGCGUACUGCGACGAGAAGAACAUACCGGCCGAUCGCAUCCUCCGACUGACGGGCGUCGUGCCCAACAACCACAUCAAUCUGGUCGACGAGUGUCUGUACUUUAUGCUGCGCGAGGGCCAGAUGGACGGCGACCGGGUACCGCUGUACUGUCCCGCGAACGCGACCGACUUCCGGACGAGCUGCCAGGUGCAGUGCAACAACGAGCAGGUGAUGGGUGCGAUCUCACACUCGAAAAUUGCCGACGGCGACGUGACGGGGCUGUAUCAGUUCUGGUUGCUGUUCCUGUUCCUGAUCGUCAGCUGGGCCGGUAUGGCGGUGGUGGUUAGCGUCGGCGAUGCAAUCUGCUUCGAGAUGCUGGGCGACAAGCCGCACCUGUACGGCAACCAGCGGCUGUGGGGUUCGAUCGGCUGGGGCACGGUGUCUCUGUUUGCCGGCUUCCUGGUCGACACGCUGUCCGAGGGCAAGCUGACGAAGGACUACACGAUCGUGUUUUACAUGACGAUCGUGCUGAUUGGGUUCGAUAUGCUUUGCUCCUCCAAAUUGCAGCACACCCAGACACGCCUGUCCACCAACAUUCUGAAGGAUGUUGGCAAAAUAUUUGUCAACUUCCGGAUUUGUGUCUUUUUCUGCUGGUGUGUGCUGAUCGGCUUCGGAACGGCACUGAUUUGGAACUUUUUGUUCUGGCAUUUGGAGGAUCUGGCCAGCGCCCAGGAAGGAUGUGGCCAUUCGACUUGGAUUAAAACGCUGGAAGGCAUCAUCAUGUCGAUCCAAACGUUCGGCGGUGAGCUGCCAUUCUUUUUCCUGUCCGGUUGGAUACUGAAAAAGAUUGGCCACAUCCACGCGAUGAGCCUGGUGCUGCUUGGGUUCGGCGUACGCUUCCUGCUGUACUCGCUGCUGACCGAUCCGUGGUGGGUCAUACCGAUCGAGUUCAUGAACGGCAUCACGUUCGGUCUGUUCUACGCAACGAUGGCAUCCUACGCCAGCAUCGUUGCACCGCCCGGCACAGAAGCAACCAUGCAGGGACUCGUGGGAGCAGUGUUCGAAGGUGUCGGUGUCUCCCUCGGCAGCUUGCUGGCCGGCAAUCUGUUCCAUCGUAUCGGUGGCAGUGCAACGUUCCGCGCGUUUGGCACGGCGGCGCUCAUACUCUUCGUGCUGCACGUCGUCGUGCAGAAGCUGACCGACCGCUUCAGCAGCCAGGAAACGCGUCCCGGUUACGCACCACCAAAGGAGGCGCUGGAAACGUAGAAGAUGAUGAACCGAUCGUGCCCGGCGGCAGCUAUCAGAAGUAAUGGAAUGGAAGGAACGUUCACUAGCGCCACACGCGGCGAUAGCUUAUUUUAUCGUGUCCUGUCGUGUCUCUGACUAUUUUUUUUUUUCUAACUGACGAAAUGCAUUUAACUAACUUUAUCCUACAAGUGAGACACAUUCCAGUGCGUGUAUGUGCGUGUGCUUAGAAUAGAUACGUGUGUGUGUGUGUGCAUGUGAGUAAACGGGUAUAUUGGGCAUUAUUGCAGAGAUCAGGUGUGUGUGUUUUUUACAAUAUUUACCAAUAAUAGAAGUAGUGUGAAAUAAAGCUCAUUACAUAGUGAAGAAACGACACGAAAA